CCGGCGCAGGACAAUUACGUAAUUUAACAUCCCUCCAGACCGACGAGACGCCGGUAUACCGAUCUAUCUAAUAUCACCUUCCUUUCUUCUCUUUUUCCUUCUCUAAUCUCCGCUUCUCACAUAUUACGCAAAAAUCAAAUUCAUUUCCUCCCCACUAAAUUAAAAUCUAGGGUUUCCGAUUCAAUUUCUCCCCCCAAAACCCCUUCCCAGAAGCAUCCAGAUAAACACACGCGGAGAAAUUUAGGGUUUUUCUUUCUAUUUUUCUUUCUUUCUGUGUUGAUUAUCUUGAACUGUUUGAUCAGAUUCCAUCUUCCGAUUCGAAUCAAUUGAUCGAUAAAUCAGGCAACUUUGGAUCGCAGUUGAGAAGGUGAUGGAUGUGGAUGGAGGGGGAAGCAAGCGCGUCUUCCACCGGCUAAGCGGAGGCGCCGGCGGCGGAGGGCCGUCGCCAUCCACGGACCCGAGGAACCAGAAGGUCUGUUUCCAUUGGAGGGCUGGGAAGUGCAACCGCUUCCCUUGCCCUUACCUCCACAGGGAAUUGCAGCCCCCUCCGCCGCAGAAUGGAACGGCGUCGUCUAAGCGCCAGUACCACGGGUUCUCCGGCGAUGAUCCGGAGCCGCGGAGGCCAAACAAUUCGACGUGGGGGAGAGUUCACGGCGGCGCCGGAGGGAAUAAUAAGUUUAUAAGGAAGACGGAGAAGUUGUGCCAUUUUUGGUCUCAGGGGAACUGUGGGUAUGGCGACAAGUGCAAGUACUUGCAUUGCUGGACAUUCGGGGACGGCUUGUCGUUGUUGACGCAGCUCGAGGGGCAUCAGAAGGUUGUUAGUGGGAUUGCGUUUCCAUUUGGAUCAGACAAACUCUACACCGGGAGUAAAGAUGAGACUGUCAGGGUCUGGGACUGCCAGUCUGGUCAGUGUACGGCCGUGAUUAACCUUGGUGGUGAAGUGGGUUGCAUGAUCAAUGAAGGUCCAUGGAUUUUUGUAGGCCUACUUAAUAUGGUGAAGGCAUGGAACAUCCAAACUAACAUGGAACUGAGUCUUAGUGGACCUGUUGGACAAGUUUAUUCCAUGGUAGUGGGAAAGGAUUUGCUUUUUGCUGGUACGCAGGAUGGAUCAAUAUUGGCAUGGAAAUUUAAUGCGGCUGCAAAUUGCUUUGAACCAGUAACAUCACUCACAGGUCACUCACUUGCCGUUGUUUCUUUAGUAGUUGGAGCCAACAGGCUUUACUCUGGAUCCAUGGACCAUUCUAUAAAGGUCUGGAGCCUUGAAACAUUGCAAUGUUUACAGACACUCACAGACCAUAGUUCGGUUGUAAUGUCUCUUCUUUGCUGGAAUCAGUUUCUCUUAUCAUGUUCCUUAGACAAAACAAUAAAGGUGUGGGUUGCUACACAGAAUGGAAGCUUGGAAGUAACGUACACUCACAACGAAGAACAUGGUGUGCUUGCUCUAGACGGUAUGCCUGAUUCAGAAGGCAAGCCAGUUUUGCUAUGCGCUUGCAACGACAAUUCUGUCCGCCUCUAUGAUUUGCCAUCAUUUGCUGAGAGGGGAAAAGUUUUCUCAAAACAGGAGGUACGGGCAAUUCAGAGGGGUCCCGGUAGUCUGUUUUUCACCGGCGACGGAACAGGUCAAUUGAGAAUAUGGAGCAUGUUAGCCGAUUCAGCUUCCUCUGCCUGAUUUAUGAAGGACAUAGUGUAUCUUGAUUUAUUAUUCUUAAUUAUUCUCUUCUCCUUUUCCUAGGAUCUUUUGUAACGCCUAAGGUUGCUGGAAGGAAUAAUAUUUUUUUUCUUCCCUGGGUCAGGAUUGAAUUGUAGGUCUAGAGGUUUUGGGGGUUUUUUUUUUUGAAGAGGUAGAAUUUUGUUCCACAAACUCCAGCCCGUUACUUGUGCCAUAUAGAGGAACAUCUUGGUCUCAUUCCGAAAGUUGUAACUUGAGAACAAAUCUGCAUAAAGUGCUUAUUAAUUAUAUCCUUACCGUUCGCUGCAGAUGAAUGAUGUUUGCAGUGGAGUAAAAAUGAUUAUAAAUGCUAUAUUUAAUAGAGAGCUAGUUGUUUUUGUA